AUGCUUUCUAUUCCCUCCUUGAAGACACUUGUGCUGGGCACAACUCUUCUCCCAGCCUUGGUUUACACUUCCCCUGUUCCCCAACCCGACAGAGUAACCGUACCGGCUUCUUUGCAGACGAUUACACCCAAGAUUGUGCAGCAUGGGCCACUAGAUGACGCCGCUCUGGCUCGCCUACAGGAUUCAUUGACUGCAUCCAAUCGACCCACGCCGUCGUCUGAACCAAGUAGGGCCAAGAGACAAGCGGCGUCAACCGCGACCGGAAACACGCUCACCAUAGCCACCAGUGACGCAUUUGUGUCUGUUGAUGUUGGCGACAUUAACCUCAUCGACAACAACCCUGCAGACUGUCAUUCUGAGACCCUCAAUGGUCCUCUGCAGGCGUUGCAGGUGUUCAUGGGCGCCGCCAACAUUCGGGCUAUGAAUAUCACUGCCUCUGGUGGAAAUACGACAUCAAUUACAAGUAAGCUAGAUGGAAGCACAGACGCCGGCAGCUUUACCUUCGAAAACAACGAACGCAUCAAAGAAUUCUGGGUCAUGGAGCAAGCAGGAACCUUCUUGGGCUUCAAUUUCACCACCGAAACUGGCAAAACCUACUCCGCCAUGGCCCAGACCCUCCGUGACCCGCCACCGAUGACCAAAGUUCCAAUUGGUUCUGGCAUCCUUGGUCGCAUCCGCGUCCAGUGGUGCGAUAUCGGACUUAUUGGUCAUGUCGGAUGGGAUUUUAUCGAUGAUUUGCAGUCAGUCAGCAUCAGCAACCUGGCCUAUUCUGGAUUCACCGACAACAUCAUGCCCUCCGGCCCCGAUGAUACUAUCAUGACCAUGGACGCGGUCACAAAGUCUCACACCGUUAGCGUUGCGAAUAUGUGGACUGUCGGCGGCAAAAUCGGAGUCGAGACCGAGGCCGGCAUCCCCUUCAUCGGGAAGUCAAAGGUGUCCACCGAGUUCAACUGGCAGGUUGGGAAGACCACCACUGAGGAGGACACCCAGUCCGAAACGUUGACCAAGUCAUCCACUGUCAAUCUCAAGUGCCCUGCCAAGAAGUACUGCGUCGGUUCUUCGUUCUAUACCAGCUUCAAAAUGGAUGUGGACGUUACGGCCACCUUCCGCGCGACAACGAAGACUGGCAAGGACUUCUUCUGGGAACAAAAGGGCAAGUAUUCUGGGGCGGAUUCUCUUGCGCUGCAACUGCAAGUAGAUGAGGCCGACGGUGUGAUCAAGCGCUCGGCCGCAACGAUUAGGGCGUUUUGA